GGAGAGGCGUCGGGACGUCUGGCGUCUUUCGAUUUUAUUUAACCAGCAUCCAUCCAUUCAGUUGGUCCACAGAUAUGCCAAAUAGACGUGCUGGCCAAAAUCAUUCCAAAACAUUUUAACAUCUAUAAUAGAUCGUGUGAGAUUUUUUCGUAGUUUUAUAACUGGAUGAUUUAUUCGAAGUACCGUCUAAAAAUAAACUAACGUAUUUUAGUGCAGUGAGAGUACAAGAGAAGAAUUUAGGCCUUUUACGCGGUCGGGUUUUUUCUUGUUGUUAGUGAAGAGUUCGUUUGGUAAAAAUGCCUGAAAAAUUUCUGUUCUGCUUCAACUUGAAGAGCGGUGCUAUGGCAAUGGCCAUGAUUAAUUUGGCUUUCGGUGUAGCAGCAAUUCUUGGUAGCGGCAUCGAACUGAGCUAUAACGAAACCCAUGAGGAACGAUUAUAUUUCAUCCUGGGAAUCGUGAUGGGGGUCUACAAUCUGGUUUGUGGUGUCGUUCUCAUUUACGGGAUCAUUAAUGCUAAAGAACGUAUUGUUCUUCUUUACAUGCUUCUUGAACUGGUAAAUUUGAUGAUACUCUCCAUAUUUUGUGGAAUGAACAUGAUAUUCAAAGAGUCCAUUUUGCUCACGAUGCUUUUUUUGAUUUGUCUAAUACUAUGGUACAACUUGCAUUGUAUGUAUGGCUUUUAUAAAGAAUUGGCAGAGUUCAAUUCAGUUAAGUCAGGGGUGAUAGAGAUCACCUAUAAUGGUCAAAUCAACCCCUUGAUGACUCUUCCAGAAAAAGCUGUGGACAACACUGCUGUUUAAAGUUACCUUUAUUUAAUAUACUUGUUGUUCCAUUAAUUUUUAAUAAAAUAUAUGUAUUUAACUUGAA